UGUGUGGCCCCGCCAGAGCUAGAGGGCUAUGGGGAGAGGAGGGCGUGGUGGCUGCGGGGCUGGCGAAUCCGGCCUGCAGGAAUUGGAAGGGCGGAGGUUGGACGCGCGACUUGUAGCGGCGCCUUCUGGCGAGUGCACGCUUUUGUCUUCGCAGCGCCGCCUUCUGAGCUGGAUUCGGAUCCUUCCCGGGUCGGUCCCUGGCAGGUCCGGAGGCAGGAGCCCCAAGAGCGGCCGUCCGAUGCGGCUGUAGGUCCGAUGCUGAGGGGACGAGGAGUUUGGGACUUGGAAUGAGAACUCUGGGGCUGGCCCUUUGCUCCCUCCGCUCCUGUGACUGUUCGGUUGGACUGGGCUCCCAACAAUGAUGAUAGUUAUUUUAAAAUAUACCAUCAAGAUGCCCAAGAUGGAAAAAACUGUGCUCAGAAUGAUUCCAAUGAAGCAGAGAGUGGAGCCCAUAAGCCUGAAACACCAGAGCAGACCCAAGAAAACCAGAGCUUCUGUUUAGAUGACCACUCUGCUGCAAGCCGACCUGAAGUACUUUCUGUCACGGAUCUGAUAGAGACAGUUAACCAAAUUUCUAAGCUUAGCAUUGCUCAUGAAAUCGUGGUAAAUCCAGAUUUUUACAUGGAAGACGGUGUAUUACCUCCCAACAGUCUGGAACGCAGGAUGAUGGAGACAAUGUACAAGGCUUUUGGGGACCAUCUGAAAGUCCAGCUAUCAAGUACUCCAGCUGACUUCACUUCUGCACUUGAACUCCUAAAAGAAAUUAAGGAGAUAUUGCUAUCACUGCUAUUACCACGCCAGAACAGCCUAAGAGAUGAGAUUGAAGAAGCUCUGGACAUAGAUCUCCUCAAGCAGGAAGCAGAGCAUGGGGCCCUGGAUGUCCCUCAUCUCCCCAACUACAUUCUUAAUUUGAUGACCCUGCUGUGUGCACCAGUCCGAGAUGAAGCAGCGCGAAAACUAGAGAGCAUAACAGAUCCUGUACAGUUACUGAGGGGCAUCUUCCAUGUUCUGGGCCUGAUGAAAAUGGACAUGGUGAACUAUACUAUACAGAGCCUCCGACCCUACCUGAAGGAACACUCUAUCCAGUAUGAACGAACUAAAUUCCAGGAACUCCUCAACAAGCAACCCAAUCUCCUUGAUUGCACCACAAAAUGGCUAACCAAAACAGCUCUAGACCUCACUACACCACCUUCAAGUUCUCCUGACUCUCCCAGCUCCUCCAGCAUGGCCCAUUCAUCUUCAAAUUGGGCAGUGGACAAUCCACAACUUCCCAGUUCCACAGUGGUGCUAUACCAGGGUUACCUGAACCUUCUUCUCUGGGAUCUUGACAGUAAAGAGUUUCCCGAGACUCUGCUAAUGGAUAAAAUCCGGCUGCAAGACAUGGAGUCCCAGUUGAAGCAGUUGGGCAUUCUGGCCUCAGUCUUGCUAGUGGCCAGAAGUUUCUCUGGUAGUGCUUUAUUCAGUUCGACUGAAUUUGUGAAUAAACUGAAACACAUAACCAAGGCCCUGACAGACGAAUUUAACUCCAGGCCUGAAGAAGCUAUGGUGAGUGUGAGUGAACAAGUGUCUCAGAAAAUCCAUGAACGCCUCAAAGACAUGGGCCUAACUGCCCUGAGUAGUGAAAAGAAAGCCUCUCUUAGAGGCCAACUUCAGAACAUCGCCAAGAAAGAGAACCGUGUUCGUAACAUCAUUGAUCAGCGGAUCCACUUGUUUCUCAAAGGCUGUUUGGUUCGUGGGAUGCAGGAGUCUCUGCUAGACUUCCCUGUUGGCCUUAUUCUCAUCAAGGGAGAGUUGACAAAACUGGGCUGGAAGUUUUUCAAUCUGAUGCGUCACAAUCAGCAGGUAUUUAGCCCCUAUUACGAUGAAAUCCUUAAAGAUAUCAUCCCUCCAGCUCAGGCCCAAGAAACAGAAGUGGAGUCUAUCUGAUAGUUCCAGACCACAGUCUGGCAACAGGGACCCAGGAGAGAGGGCUAAGUAUGUUCCUGGGAUGACAUCACCUGUGCCCAGCAGAGUAGCCUCUUCCUCACUUCAACCUGGACUCAAGGCUGCAGGAUUCCAGCAUGUAAAUACAAACUGGCCCAGCCCCCUUCAUAAUAAACUUCUGUGCUGCAAGAAAACCUCAGUUCCUUCUGUGUUGCAACUGAACGCAGGUUUUGUGCCCUUAUCCCCUAUUAUCUGAGAACCAGGGAUCCCUCAGUUCUCCUUCACUGGCUGAUCAUUCUUCAGGAUGCUGGCUUGAGCAGGCAUCAGGGCGUCGGCUGCUAGCAUUGUUUCCUCCAAUGGAAAAUCAUUUCCUUGAGGGCUGUGAAAACUUUCUGUGGAAUUUUUUCAAACUAUGAGUUCUGGAAGUAUAAGGGCUUCUAGAGGUUGGGAAGACGCUGAGUUACAAAUCAGGGGAAGACAGAAUCCUAUUUCCAGUAUCACAUUCUCCCUAUACUUUUAAGGCUGCAGUAAUAGUAAGAGCCCUCACAUCCUGUUCUGGUGUGGGGCAUGAAGCAGUAUGAAAACUGGGGAGUGGAUCAAUAUUGUCUGCCAGUGAACAUUCAGUUGAGGACCGUUCUCAGCCUCAAUGGGCGCUCUCUCUCUCUCUCUUUCUCUCUCUAGUGAUCCUGGGAGUCAGUUUUAAACUCUCUCAAACCAACACCAAAUGCAAGCACUUAGGCCACAGACACUUGUUUCACGUUCAUCUCUGGUUCCAGUCUAUAGCUAAAUCUAUCUUUUAUUGUGAUAUUUCUAGGCUUAGAACACUUCUUUCUUCUUGAGAGAAAUAAUGAAGGUAUUCAAGAGUGGGAUAGCCACGGUGUUUCUUCCCACUUGCAGUCUGAGCCUCUAACUGCUAGAUUGUGAUUGUCAACUCAUUUGGCAUCACAAAUGACAGAUGUCCUAGAUCCACAUAGAUCUGGGCUUGUUUUCUUCAAUUGCAGAGAUUCACCCUAUCAUUCUCAGGCCACCUACAACAGACCACCAGCAAUCUAGGAAAUUAGGAGCAACAUCAGUUUCGUUUUGGACUUAUUUAAAACGGACAGGAGAAAACAAAAAUUCACCUGUGGGAUAUUAUAACUGGAUGAGGGGUGUCCUCACCAUAUCAGGGAAUGGCAAGAGCUGAGUAUAAUUUACUUAAUCCAAGAAUAAUAACAGAUGGGAUCUGAGUUCCAUUAGUCCAAGGGUAAUUUUUCUAGAAGAUGGAUCCCAGGUGGUUGCUACAGCUAGGUGAAUAGGGUGAUACAUUUAUUGUCUGAAUAUAAGGCACACAGAGGAAGGAGCUUAGCAAGCUACAGUCCUUGGGGUUGCAAAGAGUUGGGCAUGACUGAGCGACUGAGCAAGGCACAGAGGGAAGCUGGGGAAUAGAUCAUUCAAAGAUUCUAGUCUUGUAACUUAUCUUAUCCUCAGGAAAGAAACCAAAGCUGGUUAAUUUGCAAUUAAUAAACAGGCUGUGAAUUCUAACUGAAUUUUCUGAUCUGAUUUGCCAAUAUUAACGCAUUGUUUUUAAAAAAUCUUAAUUUUAGAGUCCUGAUUGUCUUAUAUAAAAAUGUACUCUGAAGGGAUCCCUGUGGAGAUGACUAGGUAGUUGUUGGAUAUAGACAUUAGACUGAAAUGGAAUUUUGACUUAUCCUUUACAAUCGAAAUUUGGUAUAAUUGAUUUCUUUGAGAUUCUGAGUUAGUUUUAUAUCUCCACAUGGAGGAGAUAGAAAUCCUAAUCUUAAACAGGGAAAGAUGGCUCUAUUCAAUCCUGCUCACCAUUUAAGGGGAAAUAUAUAUGUAUACACAAACACACAUAUUGUAUGUGUAUCAGCUCUGCUUCAACUCAAGCUAAAGAAAAAGCCCAGAAAUGUGCAAAGAUAUUCCCUUUAACUCACUCAACCAGAGAAGAUAAAAAACAGAAACAUGGUGGCUGUCCCACCCGUGAAUACUCACAUCAUCUCUCUCAAGAAAAAUGAAGUGUUCUCAACUUCGAUAUGUGACAAAAAGAAGUUUGGUUCAGCUGUAGGAUGGGACAUGUAUUCACAAGCGGAUACAUUACCAUUGAGCCGCCUGGAUUGAUAGUAUGUGCACAUGAUGAAAUAUGGUAAAAAGUCAAUUUCUCUCCCAUGCUCGUGUCUCAUUCUACCCAGAAGACAUUGCUGUUUUUACAUUUCUGUGUAUCCUUCCAGAGAUACUCUCUGCAAAUGAAGUACACAUUAUAAUGUUAUGAUCACGUACAAGCCAGUCACUCUUUUAAACUUUCUAUAAAUAUGACUUUAUUUAUCCCUCCAUUGUUUAUUUCCAGUCUAUGUUUCCAGCUCUAGUGCAGGAUGCUUGCCUAGAAAAUUCCAUGGAUAGAGGAGCCUGGUGGGCUACCGUCCAUGGGGUCACAAAGAGGUGGACACAGCUGAGCACACAUGCACAGUGCAGUGUGGAACAAGAAGCGCUGAUGGGAGUUAGAACCUGUUUGGUGUUUUGUUUAUAUUCUCAGGUCGAGUGAGUUAAGGGAACAUCUUUACACACUUCUGGGCUUUUUCUUUAGCUUGAGGUGAAGCAGAGCUGAAAGAAGUUCUUCUGAGGAUUGUUUGAAGCCACUGUACUAGAUUAUCUUGAAAGGUCCCUGGGUUAUUUUCUUACAGCAGCUAUAACAAAUUAACAUGAACCUAGUGGCUUAAAAUAAUACACAUUCAUUCUGUUUUAGCCCCAGAGGUCAAGUACAAAAUCAACAUUACUGGGUCCAAACCAAGGUUUUAGCAAGGCCACUGUCCAUUUGGCAGGCUUUCACUAGGGGAGAUUACUUAAGUUGCCUUUUCUACAUCUAGAGUUGCAUUCUUAUAGUCCUUGCCUUGUGAUACAUUCGUCCAUCAUCCAAACCAGCAGCAUAGCAACUUGCUUCAGUCAUAAUACCGCCCUCCUUCGUCUGUGUCAAAUGUCCUUCUCCUUUCCUCUUCAUAAGGAUAUAUUAUUACAAUUUGGGCUCACCAAGCUAGUCUCCUGGUGGCUCAGAUGGUAAAGAUUCUACCUACAAUGCAGGAGACCUGGGU